AUGCCUGAGAGAGUCAUUGUUGUCGGCGCCGGCCGUGAGUGCCACGACGAGGAGAAGCCUGGAACGUUUGGCUGACGAAACACAGUUUCCGGUCUGAGCGCGGCGCACACCAUCUACCUCGCGGGCGGCAAUGUCUUGCUCCUCGACAAGAACAGUAUGCACCGCUCGUCAUCGCAGCAGAAUGGCUCUCUCUAACCACGUCACUAGACUUCAUGGGUGGAAACUCCACCAAGGCCACAUCCGGAAUCAACGGUGCUUUGACCCGGACACAGGUCGACCACAAGAUCGCCGACAGCGUCAAGCAAUUCUACGACGACACAUUCAAAUCCGCACGAGAGAAGGCACGACCCGAUCUCAUCAAGGUCCUCACAUACCAGUCUGCAGGCGCUGUUGAGUGGCUGCAGGACGUCUUCAACCUCGAUCUCACGCUCGUUUCGCGGUUAGGGUAUGCACUUUCACACAUCGAAUUGUUUGCGGCAUUCGGUCUCUAACCAAUCUCGUAGUGGUCACUCCUACCCACGAACGCACCGUGGCCACGAUGCCAAAUUCCCCGGUAUGGCCAUCACAUACGCCCUCAUGCAGCGAUGGGAAGAGCUCUGCGAUCAGGAGCCAGAGCGUGUCGAGCUCGUGAAGAAGGCCAAGGUCAAGAGGGUCAACAUGGACGGUAAACGUGCAACCGGUGUUGUAUACGAGUUCAACGGAGAGGAGGUGACAGUGGACGGCCCAGUUGUGCUUGCAACUGGUGGUUACGCUGCCGACUUCACCGAGUCUUCGCUAUUGAAGAAGCACAGGCCCGACACAUUUGACCUGUCCACUACCAACGGCAACCACGCCACCGGUGAUGGUCACAAGAUGUUGAUGGAGCUCGGCGCCAAUGCCGUUGACAUGGAGUCCGUGCAGGUGCACCCAACUGGUCUCGUCGACCCGAAGGACCCCACUGCGAAGACAAAGUUCUUGGCUGCUGAGGCUCUCCGUGGAGAGGGUGGUCUCUUGCUCAACAGCAAGGGUGAGCGAUUCGUCGAUGAGCUGCAGCACCGUGACUUCGUCUCCGACAAGAUGUGGGAACAGAAGAAGCAGGGCAACUGGCCAAUUCGUCUCGUCCUCAACAGCAAGGCAUCCAACACCCUCGACUUCCACACUCGCCACUACUCUGGCCGUGGCCUGAUGAAGAAGAUGACCGGAAAGGAGCUGGCCGAUGAGAUCGGAUGUGGCGAGGGUGCGCUCAACAAGACCUUUGCGGCCUACAACAAGUACGCGAACGGCGAGGAGAAGGACCCCUUCCAGAAGAAGUACUUCCACAAUUUUCCUGUUGAGGUCAACGACGACUUCCACGUCGCACAGAUGGAGCCUGUGCUCCACUUCACCAUGGGUGGUAUCGAGAUCAACGACAAGGCUCAGGUCCUGAACAACAAGGGCGAGGCAUUCGAGGGUCUUUUCAUCUCCGGUGAGCUGGCUGGUGGUGUCCACGGUGCUAACCGUCUUGGUGGUUCUUCCCUCCUCGGAUGCGUCGUCUACGGCCGUGUUGCCGGAACCAGCGCGAGCAAGUACCUCUUCCAGCAGGUACUCAACCAGUCCGGCGGUCUCGCUGCCACUCGUGCCGGCCAAAUCAGCCUGCACAUCGACCCAAGCCAGCCUGGAAAGAUCUCGGUUGAGUGGGGCACUGGAGCUGGCGUCGGUGCAUCUGACCAGGACGCCAAGGUCGCAUCACACGCACAGAAGUCUGCUGCCCCAGUCAUGGGCGGCUCCAAGGACAGCAGUGAUCCAGGCAAGAAGAGUGAGGUCAAUGAUGUCAAGAACUUCAAGGUCCCGGAUGACGAAUACUCGCUCGAGGAAAUUGCCAAGCACAACAAGAAGGAGGAUCUCUGGAUCGCAGUCAAGGGCGUUGUGAUGAACGUCACCGACUGGGUAGACGAGCACCCCGGUGGACCCCAGGCCCUCUUUUCGCAUAUGGGCAGGGACGCUUCGGAGGAAUUCGAGAUGCUUCACGAUGAUGGUAAGCUAUUUCCUGUCAGAAGGAAUCCAACACACGACCAGUCUUGCUAAUUGAUAUUUGCAGAGGUCAUUCCCAAGUACGCCGCCGGCAUUGUAAUUGGAAGAGUCAAGGGACAGGAGAUCAAGUUGGAAUACUAG